UUAAUUAUUAAUGUAAUUAUUAUUUCUUAAAUUAAUUUUAACUGAACUUUCCAACUUCUAUAACGAUAUCUUUGGUAGGGUCAUGAUCCCAGUACUGUUAGGACUGCUCCCCAUUCUAAUCUUCCAAGCACUCUCUUCUCCUCUUCGUAUCUGUAUACUUUUUUUAUUUAUCACCUUCUACCAUUCUCCGUAAAAUCAGGAGGGAGAAAUUGGAGAGAGAGACGCACACAGAUUCCGUCGUUAAUUGUCGCAGCAGCUUAUGUCGUUAUAAUAUCUUGACAUCGAAUACUGGAUAUUCUUGUGUGAUUUUCACGCGUAUGUUUCUCUUCAGUGAUGGAUUUGCGUUUUGUUUUGUUUGCGAUCUUUUUGAUUCUCAAUGCGGCUUUUGUUUGUUCCACAGAUGACUCGAAGAACAAGAAACAAAAUUCAAACGAUGUUCGGCUUAGUGCAAGUAUCUUGAAUAAUUCUUUUCUGCAACAAGUGACAACAGAAAAGACAACGAUAAGAAAUAACGUAAACCGAUUUUUUACUCCAUCACAAACUUUUACUGUUAAUACUAAUUUCUUUCCUAGUUAUCUUGAUAAUGAUUUCCUUAAUUCCAUUCAAACCGAUUCAAAAGGUCCUAUUAGUUUGUCAAUACCUAGUAAUACACAAUCUAUUGGUUCUUCAAAACCUGGUACGACUACUUCUAAAGUUUAUUCUGCUGACCAGAUCUUUGAUCCGUAUUACAUCAAAUUCCCGACAAACUCGGCAGUGUCAGAACGUAAAUGCGAUGAAUAUGUAGAAGAAAUUGUGGGAUUGACCUGGAUAACGCCUCUGACUGGUACGUCGUCGGGCGCAAUUAAAGUGAUUAAAAACUGCGAUGGUACAGUGAAUCAGUUGGUGGUUGGUGGCACCGAGGCCCGGGUCGGCGAGUUUCCUCACAUGGUAGCUCUGGGCAAACCCACUCCCCAGUUUCAACUGAAUUGCGGCGGCACGCUAAUUUCUCAUACCUGGGUACUUACCGCUGCGCAUUGCACUCAUGGGGGCAGUGGUGGUGCAACUCACGCAAGGAUAGGCUUCCAUAAAUUAACGGAUAAAGAUGGCAUCAUAAUUCCUAUCAAACGCACUCUAAGACACGAGGACUAUAAGCCACCCGCGCUGUAUGCGGACAUAGGUCUGGUUGAGCUCGUGAGCCCCGUCAACUUUAGCAGAUUUAUUCGACCUGCGUGUCUUUAUCAGAGCUAUGAUACCGUGCCUAGACAGGCUUGGGUUAGUGGUUGGGGCGUUGUUGAAUUCAGCGGAGAGGUGAGGAAUGAACUGCUAAAAGCUCAACUAAAUCUGGUAGACAAUUUGGUGUGUACACAACAGCACAACAGUUCCCUAGCAGUUCCAUAUGGUGUUACACCGACUAUGAUUUGCGCUGGUGGUCAGAAAAACCCCGGAAUAGACGCUUGCCAAGGAGAUUCUGGGGGUCCUCUACAAAUAGUCCAUCCUAGUAGUAAAUGUCUUUUUCAAGUGAUCGGUGUCACUAGCUUCGGUCAAGGUUGCGCAAUGGGAAUUCCUGGCGUUUAUACUAGAGUGUCCCAUUAUCUUCAGUGGAUCGAAGAAAAUGUCUGGCCAGGAGAAGAAUAUGACUCGAAGAACAAGAAACAAAAUUCAAACGAUGUUCGGCUUAGUGCAAGUAUCUUGAAUAAUUCUUUUCUGCAACAAGUGACAACAGAAAAGACAACGAUAAGAAAUAACGUAAACCGAUUUUUUACUCCAUCACAAACUUUUACUGUUAAUACUAAUUUCUUUCCUAGUUAUCUUGAUAAUGAUUUCCUUAAUUCCAUUCAAACCGAUUCAAAAGGUCCUAUUAGUUUGUCAAUACCUAGUAAUACACAAUCUAUUGGUUCUUCAAAACCUGGUACGACUACUUCUAAAGUUUAUUCUGCUGACCAGAUCUUUGAUCCGUAUUACAUCAAAUUCCCGACAAACUCGGCAGUGUCAGAACGUAAAUGCGAUGAAUAUGUAGAAGAAAUUGCGGGAUCGACCUGGAUAACGCCUCUGACUGGUACGUCGUCGGGCGCAAUUAAAGUGAUUAAAAACUGCGACGGUACAGUGAAUCAGUUGGUGGUUGGAGGCACCGAGGCCCGGGUCGGCGAGUUUCCUCACAUGGUAGCUCUAGGCAAACCCACUCCCCAGUUCCAACUGAAUUGCGGCGGCACGCUAAUUUCUCAUACCUGGGUACUUACCGCUGCGCAUUGCACUCAUGGGGGCAGUGGUGGUGCAACUCACGCAAGGAUAGGCUUCCAUAAAUUAACGGAUAAAGAUGGCAUCAUAAUUCCUAUCAAACGCACUCUAAGACACGAGGACUAUAAGCCACCCGCGCUGUAUGCGGACAUAGGUUUGGUUGAGCUCGUGAGCACCGUCAACUUUAGCAGACUUAUUCGACCUGCGUGUCUUUAUCAGAGCUAUGAUACCGUGCCUACACAAGCUUGGAUUAGUGGUUGGGGCGUUGUUGAAUUCAGCGGAGAGGUGAGCAAUGAACUGCUAAAAGCUCAACUAAAUCUGGUAGACAAUUUGAUGUGUACACAACAGCACAACAGUUCCCUAGCAGCUCCAUAUGGUGUUAAACCGACUAUGAUUUGCGCUGGUGGUCAGAAAAACCCCGGAAUAGACGCUUGCCAAGGAGAUUCUGGGGGUCCUCUACAAAUAAUCCAUCCUAGUAGUAAAUGUCUUUUUCAAGUGAUCGGUGUCACUAGCUUCGGUCAAGGACCUCCAUCGUCAAAUGUUCGUCGAAUACUGAAUAUCCUUGUGUAUUUUACGUGUUUCUAUUUAAUAAUGAAUUUUUGUUUUGACUUGGUUGCAAUUUUCUUGAUCCUUAAUGUUGCCUCUGUUCAAUCAACAGAUAAUGAUUCUUCAAAGAAAAAGAACUCAAAUAAAGUUCAACAUAGUUCAGAUAUCUUGAACAAUCGUUUCUUGCAAUCGUCAAGCGGCAACGAAAAUGGAAACCUAUUGUUGUUAAACUACUUUGCAUCACAGGCAUCCGAUAUAGUCUUUCCUGAUAAUAACUAUAAUCCCUUUCCUCCGAGUAAUUCAAACCCAUUCUUGUUAGAUGACUUUACAUCACAAGGUUCCGAUAUAGUCUUUCCUGAUUAUGAUUAUAAUCCGUCUUCUAAUAGUAAUAAGAAUCCUUUCGUGAACUGUAUUAAAAUCAAUACAAAAGUUAAUACAAAGUUAGAACUCAAUAAAGAAAUUAAUACUCCUGUUACACAGAGAUCUUAUCUACCACCAUUACCUUAUUGUCAUACAUCUGCAUCUAAUACACCUGUACCAGCAUUUACUAAUCCAGUCCCAUUUCAUAAUAAUUCUACGACAUCUCGUACUACGACCUCUACUUCUCCUAAAACUCAAAUUCCUCCAAUUUUAAGCUUAUCGCCGCAAAAUCUAUCGUUACCUGUGGGAACGGUAUCAGAACGCAAGUGUGAGAAAUAUGUGAACGAAGUUACGGGCACAUCUUCGGAAACGUCUACUACUAGUUCAUCGUCGAACGUGAUCACGAUUAGUGCUUGCGAUAGAUAUAGCUUAGUAACCUUCGGUAUCACAGUGGUCGGUGGCACUGAGGCUUUGGUCGGCGAGUUUCCUCAUAUGGUCGCCCUAGGUAAACGCAAUCCCAACGGAUUCACUCUGAUGUGCGGCGGUACACUGAUUUCGCAUACCUGGGUACUAUCCGCUGCGCAUUGCACUCAUGGACCAAAUGGCGGUCCAAAUGAAGCAAAGAUAGGCUAUCACAAAUUAACAGACAAGACAGGCAUCAAGAUUGCCAUCAAAAAUAUUAUAAGACAUCCGAAUUACAAUCCACCCACGCUAUAUAACGACAUAGCUCUGAUACAGCUCGAGAACGCUGUCAAGUUUAACACAUCCAUACGACCUGCGUGUCUCUUUCAGCAACACAAUACCGUGCCUACACGAGUUUGGAUUAGCGGCUGGGGUGUUACUGAAUUCAGUGGAGAAGUAAGCAAUGGAUUGCAAAAGGCUCAAUUGGAUCUGAUAGACAAUUCGUUAUGUACAGCAAAAUACACUAGUUAUAGAGAAGUUCCGCAGGGUAUCAUGUCGAAUAUGAUUUGUGCUGGCGAUUCUAGUACCUGGUCCAAGGAUACUUGCCAAGGAGAUUCCGGUGGUCCUCUGCAAGUAAUACAUCCUGAUAAUCCUUGCGUCUACCAAGUAAUGGGUAUCACCAGCUUUGGUCAAGGCUGCGCAACUACUGAAGUCCCUGGAGUUUAUACUAGAGUAUCCCAUUACCUUCAAUGGAUUGAAGAGAUUGUCUGGCCAAAAGAACAAGAUUCGUAAUUUAUUCAACUUUUACGAAAAGUAAAAAAUCUUUUUUCUUCAUUCUACUUGACUAUUAAUUCUUACACGAGUCAUCAGUUAGUUAUCAAAUAACUAAUUAGUUAAAUUAAUUAAGGUCUGAAUAAUUUAUGGCAUUUCUAAAUUUUUUUGUUUAAUAUUUUAUAGUGAUUUUUAUUUGCCUAUAAAAAUAAUUUUGUGGACAGAAGAAUAAUUUUAACAGAAAUAAAAUAUGCCACUAUUUUCUAUUACAAUGAUGAACAUUUAAGUAUAUUAUGAGGCUAAUAUUAAACAAAUGUUUUGACGAUAAAAAAUAUAACAAUAUAUUUGACAAAAUAUCAAUAAAUUCUCAUAUAAACAUAAUUUUCAAUAGUCGUUAUUAUUUUUCUACUUCUUUUUUAAAUCGGUCAUAUUUAUGUUAAAUAAAAAUGUAUUGCUAAACUUUAUUGGCAAUAAAAACUUAUCGCGGAUAAUUAGUGGGAUUUAAUUGUAUUACUAUUCUACAAUGAUUUAUGGAAACGAACGCGGAAUAUUUUCACAAUUGAUGUAUGUUUAAAAAUUUAUUUGAAAAAAAUGAAAUUUAAUCUAAACAAUUUUCAAAAUCACCGCUGAUAAGUACCGCUAUUGAUAAUUUUGGUUUCAGAUUAACAAGAUCUUUCUGAACUUCGACAGAUCUUAGUAGUAAAAAAGCAGAAUGGUUAUCAACUGUCUUACUGUAUAGGUGUCAUUUGUAGAUCGUCAAUCCUUAUCCGCAGAAUGGGUCAACGAUUUCAUCGGAUUUAAGUCCUGGUGACUUAUCAGACCACAUUUAUGAUAUGUCUAUAAUACUUAAGUAAGUCUUUAGGCGUGGGAAAUUGACCUAUUAUACUAAUAUGAGAAGAAUAAUCGAGUAUGAUUACUCAAUUUUAUACGGUAUAAGGCUUAUUACAUUUAUUGUAGACGGAGCUUGCAUGACGAGAGACGCACCUAUAUUUAUUAUCGGAAAAACGCAUAAGAUUAUGUAAAUCUCUUACGUGUUACUUGGUCUUAUUCAUAACAUUGAGGAAGUGCACAAAGAAGCAUUUUACCUAUAAUUGACUUACUCAUCGCUUAGCUUUUACAUCAACUGCAGAACAGUUAUUUUAUACAACUUGUUUGUGAAAGAUUGGAGAUGUAUUUCGUUGCACUGUUGUCUGCGCGGAACUUACUGAAAAUGGAAACCAAUAAAUUUAUUAUACAUUGACUUUGUUAUAAAUUGAUUCGAUUUGGUUUCGAUCACUGGCUUACCUUUCUCUUAUUUUUUCAAUAUCUUUUUAUUUUACAUAUUUUUAUGUAAAGUAAUAACUGUUUUAUCUGUUUUAAUUAUUAGAAUUAUAAAUUAUCCAGUUUGAUCGAUAGACGAUCAGUAUGCUCUUGAUAAUUAUCCUGUAUGAAUAUUGUCUGCAUAUAUUUCUCCUCUUCUUUUUCUUAUUUUAUUAUAUUUUUUUAUGUUACAAGAAAAGAAGAAGCUUUAUAUUUUUAAAACAAAUUUAACUAUUAUAUUAAAUUAAAUUAAAUAAGCAAUUAAUAUUCCAUAAAAAUAUAAGAUUAAAAAUUAAAAUUAAGUCUUUCACUAAUUCUGUUACUAAAUACGUAUUCUAAAAAAAAUGUAUCAUUAAUAUAAUAAUUAACUAUAUCAACUUUAUAAAUAAUAAAGAAGUCGUUAUAUUUAAAUGUGUUGAUUAUAAUUUAUGUAUUUUAAUCAUAUUUUACACACAAUGUAGAAUCGAUGUAAAAACAGCUAGGAAGUCCCCCAAAACCCGAGAGGGAGGAGUAAAUAAACAAACUUACUUUACUAA